AUGAAUUACUACAUGACACCGAGCUUUGUACGCUUCUGGAUACCUGGAUAUUGUCCACAACGUUUCGGACGUGAACCGACACCGGCUGAAUGUUACCCACAGCAGGGUAUGAUGCUACGGAGUGAUCCGUCCAUACAACCGUACUCAUGUGGUCCAUUACCGGAUUUUUACUUGGAAAGUGCGAGUUUUGGCUCAAGAUCGCCGUUCUUUCCUCAACAAAACACCCAUCCUGACUAUUUCGCUGCCUAUCGCCAGGCCCCAAUUCAUUUUCAAUUUCCACAAAAAUCAUCGUCAACAUUGAUUCGUUGCGAGUGGAUCAAUGAGACUGGUAAAGAGUGUGGAAUGAUGUUCGCCACUUCGUCCCAGGUAGCGGCCCACGUCUCUCAACAUCACAUCGGUCUCAUUGAAAUGACAACCCAUGUCUGUUUAUGGAGGAAUUGUGAUCGAGUUGGGAAACCGCCAAAUACAAGCUGGUUAAUCACAUACGUGUUCACACCGGAGAAAAACCGUUUCGUUGCGAAGCAAUGUAAUCGGGAAUUUGCACGAAGUGAAAAUCUCAAAAUUCACGUGAGGACGCAUACAAAGGAGAAGCCAUUUCCGUGUCCACAUGCCGGCUGUGACAAGACAUUCGCCAACUCGUCGGAUCGAAAAAAGCACAUGCAUGUGCAUACCUCGGAAAAACCCUACGAAUGCAAGGAGAAGCCAUUUCCGUGUCCACAUGCCGGCUGUGACAAGACAUUCGCCAACUCGUCGGAUCGAAAAAAGCACAUGCAUGUGCAUACCUCGGAAAAACCCUACGAAUGCAAGGUGAAAGGCUGCAAGAAGGUCUACAGCCAUCCAAGUUCACUGAGGAAGCAUAUGAAGGCACAUGAGAAAAACUGUCUGACACCGGAGUUGGACGAGAGCAGCGACUCAGGACAUGCCAGCACUGGAACACCUGGUGAUCCUUUUUUGAACAUGAAACCCGACGUGAAUGAGAUGUCGCUACAGUUUCCGUCGAACACGCCGCUUAUUCGUCCGCCAGUCGCCUAUGGUCCGCCCCCUCACUAUGCCCCGUCUCACCACCCGGCGGCCAUGUUUCCAGCCGAACUCUAUCAUCAAUUUCACUGA